UCUUUCUCUCUCUCUCUCUAUCUCUCUCUCUCUCUCUCUCUCUCUCCGCAGUUUUUCUUCCCCCAGCUCGUUUCCUCUCCCGGCGGAUGUGUAUCGGAUGCUUUAUACGCCUCGGUUCCCCGGUGUUCUUCGGGUUUUAGUUGAAGAUCAGUGUAGGGAUGCUUAACGGAUUCGGCCCCUGGAUGAAGAACGGGCUUUAAUCAGAAAAAGCGGAGGCGCGUUGUUUUCUCCACUCUGGAUAGCAGUCGGAGUAAUGCCAGUUCCAGACCAGUCCUGUGACAGUGAGAACUCCAACAUGCUGAGCCCAGUACUAAACGCCUCCAAUGGAGAUGGAUCUGAGACCGAGACGACCUCCGCCAUCCUGGCCUCCGUCAAGGAGCAGGAGCUGCAGUUUGAGAGACUGACCAGAGAGCUGGAAGCCGAGCGGCAGAUAGUGGCCACCCAGCUAGAGCGAUGCAAACUGGGAUCUGAGACUGGGAGCGUGAGCAGCAUCAGUUCUGCUGAUGAGAAAUUUCGCUGGAACAACCAAGAUGGACAAAAGGACAUAGAAGAAGAGCUCACUACUGGCCUGGAGCUGGUGGACUCCUGCAUCAGAUCACUGCAAGAAUCCGGAAUUCUGGAUUCCCAGGAGUUUGCAGCAGGUGAAAGAGCCGGCAUCCUGUCCCAGAGUGCUUUACAGCUCAAUAACCAGGAAGGCACCUUCCCCUAUACUGCUGGUUACCAUAGCAGCCAGACCCUGGCCCUGGGAGACCCGGCGACCUCCCAACCCCUAGCACGCGGUGCUCAGGUGGGAGGAGCCGUGCACAGCUACAAUCAGGUGACAUCUAGCCGUGCAGUCCAGCUGGCGGGCAACGACCCGGGCACACAUGCCCAGUCCCGAGACUCACUGGCUCAGAACCAUGGCAGUGCUUUCCACUUGCCCGACACUCAGCCCUCAGUCUAUUACUCAUGUGCCACCCUGCCAGCCCAGCGUGUGAGCUCUCCACUGUCCAUGCAGCCCCUGGGUUCACCCUCCAAACUUCAGAGGCUUGGCUCUGCCUCGGAUAUGCCCAGCUAUGCCACUCUGCAGCGGGUUUCCUCACCCAAGCAGUCACCCAGCCGCCUAGCCAAAUCCUACAGCACCAGUUCGCCCAUUAACAUGGCGGCUGGAGGGGCAGCUUCGACCUCACUUGGGCAGGCCAAUGCCACUGGCUCCUCCCCCCUCCACCAGCUCAGCUCAGCUGUGGGCAGCUACGCCACACUUUCACCUGCUAAACGCAUGCUGCAUUCCUCCGACCAGUACAAGAUUUCCCAUGAGCUCUAUGCCAACGCUACCCUGCAGAGGCCUGGCAGUCUGGCAGGUUCCAGGGGCUCAUACAGCAGUCAGCACAGCCACCUGGGCACAGAGCUGCGCCCCCUGCAGUCUCCUGAGCACCACAUCGAUCCCAUUUAUGAGGACAGGGUCUACCAGAAAGCACCACUGAGGAACUUCACCCAGGGUCAGGCUCCAUCGUCCCCUGGCGUCGAGCCCAUCCCCCUGCAGCGCACAGGCAGCCAGAACGCCACAGGCACCUUUCCUCGCUCCAAUUAUGCUGCCGCGCCCGACUACGCCAACCCAUAUCGCACGCUGCAGUUCUGCCCCUCGACUGACUCGCCCUACAGCAAAUCAGGACCUGCACUGCCGCCCGAGGCCACGCUAGUCAGGUCACCCUCUGUGGACAGCAUCCAAAAGGACCCCAGGUACGACCCUGAAUUCCUUGUCUGGAAUCAAAAUCAAGCCGAACAAAGAAUGACAAAGGAGUUUGGCUGGAGAGAUCCUGAGCUGCCUGAAGUGAUCCAAAUGCUACAGCACCAGUUUCCAUCUGUGCAGUCUAAUGCUGCAGCCUACCUGCAGCAUCUGUGCUUCGGAGACAAUAAGAUCAAAUCAGAGAUACGAAGACAGGGAGGCAUCCAGCUGCUGGUAGACCUUUUGGAUCACAGGAUGAGUGACGUGCACCGUAGCGCUUGCGGUGCGUUGAGAAACUUGGUCUAUGGCAAAGCCAACGACGACAACAAGAUCGCACUGAAGAACUGUGGGGGCAUCCCAGCCCUGGUGCGCCUCCUUCGCAAAACAACCGAUGUGGAGAUCAGAGAGCUGCUCACAGGCGUGCUUUGGAACUUGUCUUCAUGUGAUGCGUUGAAGAUGCCUAUAAUCCAGGAUGCUCUAGCUGUGCUCACCAACACCGUGAUCAUCCCUCACUCUGGCUGGGACUCCUCCCCACACCAGGACGAGCGCAAACUGCACCUGCACUCUUCACAAGUGCUCCGUAACGCCACCGGAUGCCUCAGGAACGUGAGCUCCGCAGGAGAGGAGGCUCGACGCAGGAUGAGAGAGUGCGAGGGGCUGACGGACGCACUGCUUUACGUCAUUCAGACCGCACUGGGCAGCAGCGAGAUUGACAGCAAGACUGUUGAGAAUUGCGUGUGCAUCCUGAGGAACCUGUCCUAUCGGCUAGCAGCAGAGACCUCUCAGGGGCAGCAGCUGGGCUCAGACGAGCUGGACGGGGUGCUAUGCACCGACGCCAGCGGGAAGGACGCCGAGAGCUCUGGCUGCUGGGGCAAGAAGAAGAAGAAAAAGAAGAGCCACGAUCAGUGGGACGGCGUCGGUCCUUUUCCAGACUCCGGCGAUCCUCCAAAGGGGCUGCAGAUGCUCUGGCACCCGUCCAUUGUGAAGCCGUACCUCACGCUGCUGUCAGAGUGCUCUAACCCGGACACGCUUGAGGGGGCUGCAGGGGCUCUACAGAAUCUGGCAGCAGGCAGCUGGAAGGUAGGCCCCACCCCGAAGCCAUGGUCAGUGUAUAUCCGGGCAGCUGUAAGAAAAGAGAAGGGCCUUCCUAUCCUGGUGGAGCUGCUGAGAAUCGAUAACGACCGCGUGGUGUGUGCCGUGGCCACGGCACUCAGGAACAUGGCUUUGGAUGUGAGGAACAAAGAGCUCAUCGGCAAGUACGCGAUGAGAGACCUGGUCCACCGCCUGCCAGGAGGCAACAAUAACAGCAGUGGUGGUGGCGUGGGAAAGAGCAUGUCCGACGACACCAUCACAGCCAUCUGCUGCGCUCUUCACGAGGUCAUUACCAAGAACAUGGAAAACGCCAAGGCCUUACGUGACGCUGGCGGCAUUGAGAAGCUUAUUGGCAUUGCACGUAGCAAGGGAGAUAAACACUCCCCUAAAGUGGUGAAAGCCGCAUCUCAAGUUUUAAAUAGCAUGUGGCAGUACCGGGAUCUUCGCAGCUUGUACAAAAAGGAUGGUUAUUCCCAGUACCACUUUGUGGGCUCGUCCUCUACAAUAGAGAGAGACAGACAGAGACCUUAUUCUUCCUCUCGUACUCCAUCCGUCUCUCCAGUGCGGACUUCGCCCAAUAACCGCUCCGCGAGUGCCCCCACCUCUCCACGAGAGAUGAUGAGCCUGAAAGAGAGGAAGACAGACUACGAGUUGACUGGAACUAAUCUCGGUUACCAUGGCAACAAGGGCGAACACACCUCCAGGAAGGACACUAUGGCAGCUCAAAUUUCCAGCGGGACUGCCACGCUGUUCCGGGGUGCUUACGUGUCUCCCAGUGACGACCUCAAACAUAACCAGGUGUCUGCUCAAGGUAAUCCAUCAGAGGCCUACCCUCCAUUCCAGACUCCUCCAGGAGCAAACUUUGAGGAGAAUUAUUACGAGGACCAAGCGCACCAACGCCCCCCUCCCACCGCAGACGGAACCCUGCACCUCGGCCUCAAGUCCACUGGCAACUACGUGGACUUCUACUCAGCGUCUCGGCCCUACAGCGAACUCAACUACGAGACGAGUCACUAUCCCGCCUCGCCCGACUCCUGGGUCUAGAAGCAGCAGGCAGGGCCGAGGGUUCGUAGGCACGAAGACAUGCAGACAGAAACCAGCCCGCAUGUGCAUGAACACUAUCGGACACAAACUCACACACCGACACACACUUUCAGUUUGAAUAGAAGGCACCUACUGAGCUCUUGAUUCACAGUGAAGACACUCACAGAGAAAAGAAACUGAUGAUGAAUGCAAGAGGAACGUCUUAGUAAAAAAGAACAUUUGACUUUGCAAGGACGGUCCACGAGGCAGAAAUGCGGGGAAGCAGCGAGGGAAAACCUUAACUGUGGUAUAGAACUGUGGGAUGAGGGGACAUGAAGCACAAGAACAUGUCACACUUCAACACAAGCUGAGGAAAUACGUAGAUCUGACACAUUAUUAGGACAUCUCUUUUGCGUUUGACCUGCUUUUUAUGGAGUGCUUUCUUCACAAGGAGAUUUUUAUCUUUUUUGUUCAUUCUCUUUAUUUUGUAUCUCCUCUUUUUAACUUCUAGUGUAAAGUAUUUGUUGUAUAUUGCAGAUGUAGAUACAAGUUACAUUGUGUAUAUUACAGAAGAGAAAAAAAAAACACUGAUGUGUCCUCCCCCGUGGCUCAUUAUAUAAUUUUUUUUUGGGUAUAUCCGGAAAACAGACAAAAGGAUACUCGUACAUCGUCUUCUAUCAGUAAGGUUGUUUUCGGCACCACAAAACAGUAGGCUUCGAUUUUAAACGUGUGGUGUUGAGAACAACUAAGGUGAUAUCAAAGAGCAUCAUUCCAUACACAGGGUGCUACACUGCCUGGCAAGAGUUUACCAAUCGACAUACUACGUCUUUAUUUAGCUUUUUGGGUUUUGUUAAUGACCAUUCAGUAACCGGUUGCAUUUAAACUCUGUCGUUCCACUAUGCUUCCAGUGAUCUGUGCUGUUUUUUUUGUAAAAAUGUGCCAAAUGCGGUCGUCCCUGAACCAGCGGAUCACCACUGCGCCGACACUGACGUUUAUGUUCAAUCCCAUCAUCGCCGAUUCUAAAGAUAUUCUUUUGUUAUUCCAUUUAUUUUUAUUUCUUACAUAAAAACUGCAAAAAGGCCCGGAUAACGAUCGGAGGGACUCGGCCUUUCAGUGCUGGCAUCCCUUUCGAAGAUGUAUCAUUCAUUUAUGCUGUGUUGUAAAAUAGAUGACUGAGAAAAGCAGCUUUUUUUUUUUUCUUUUCACAGGAACCAGUGGUUUUUAAGUUCAUCGUAGGCUAAUCUGUCAAUAGAUUAUGAAUAUAUAUUAUAUGAAUACAAAUCUCUCUCUCUCUCUCUCUCUCUCUCUCUAUAUAUAUAUAUAUAUAUAAAUAUAUAUAUAUACUUUUAUGUGCCGAUGUGGAUGUCACCUAAUGCAGCAACUUUGCAAAGGAAAAGAAAAAGAAAAAAAUACAUGUAGGAUUUUGUUCACGUUACUUCUGGUCUUAAAUUUCCUCCAGGCUGUUGCCCUUCUGUUGUCAUGUUGUUGCUGUGUGUGGAAGGUGAGACCAGGGCUCCAGACACCCAGAGCAAUGAUACAGCCAGGUUUCUAACAUGGAAACGGUGCUAAAUCACCCCACACACACACACACACACACACGUCAUUUUUAGCAUCCAGUAUAAUGUGUUUGCUAUUUGAUGUCACUCUCUUACAGAAAAUGUAAGCUGCUUUCAAACGUGUUUCAUCUCCAGAGUAAAACUGUGGCGCACUUUGUGACUGCGAAUUCAUGUUUCUAAAAAACCAAAAAAAUGCAACAUUGCAAAAAACUUGCCGCUAGUCUAGACAUGCGGGUAGAAAGAGUUGUUUUCAGUCACAGUUGCCCCUUCUCUUUUUUAUCUCAGGACAUCUCAAAUUGGUUUUGUAGUGGCUCCUGGGAAAGAUCCCUCUGUCAGAAAGCAGGCCAGACAGAAAGACAUGGAGUGCAGCAGUCAUGGCCUCAGAUCAAGCUCUUAUUAAACCUGAAGUAGUCGAGGACGAGUUCUGAAGUGUGGUGGUACGCCCUGGUCUUCCCUCCAUAUCAUUUUGAUCUUAGAGGUAACUGUCAGAGGCAAGGAACCAAAUGAUAAUCUCUUGAAUUUGUCUCACAUAUCUUUCAGCACUAUCAGUAGUAAACAUCGGGGAGGAAAAAAAAAAAAACAUGCACAAAAUAUUUGUGGAGAAAAAAAUUAAGUAGACAUGUCUGAAGAAGGAAAUGUAAGUACAUUUUUCUGUUGCUAGACAAAGUGUUUGAGAGAAAUGUGAACCUUUUUAUUGCCAGAUUGCAACUGCUAUAAGAUAUAAACUGACUAUCAAAUCA